AUGAAUUGUCCAACAUUCAUCUUAAAAUUGGGAGUUGGACUAAGUUUCAGUGCUGUUCCUCGCUCGGUCCAUUUUAAAAGUCUUAAGGUCCUCCAUGUUUCAAUUGAUCGUCCCAACAAUGACUUGGCACAAAAUCUCUUUAGUAAUUGCCCUGUUCUUGAGGACCUGUUCAUCCUAGGAAAUGUUGAGAGUGAUGAAGAACUUGUAUUUGAUGUCUCCGUACCGGCCCUAAAAAAUUUUAAGUUUCUUUUAGCCGGAGAAGAAUACAAAGUUUUAGUAGAUGCACCGAUUCUUGAGUAUCUUUCUGUUCAAAAUGUUUGGAUGCCUUCCUAUGUGCUAAAGAACGUAACAUCGUUGAUUGACAUGCUGAUAAAGUAG